UUAUUCUUUUCAUUUUUUGUUUGUUUUGUGUGCUUAAUGAUCACGAAGAAAAAACCUAUAUAAGAAGUGGGUUGAUAAGGGGCCAAAGUUCAUAGUUGUUGUGGUGACAACUUGGAAGGAUGAGAGCGAGAGUGAUAGUGUUUCCUGUUAGAGGGAGGAACUGGUGCUUCAGCAGAUCCAUUCAGCCUCUGGUUUCAGACUCUGCCUCUCAUAUUCCUUCAACUCUCAAAGACCUCUGGAAAAAGCUCUCCUUCUCUUCCAAAACCAAUGCCAAUGCCAAUGCCAACCCUUUUGCUGCCAACGCUGAGCUCGUCGUUGAUUUUGUCUCUACCAAGAUGAACAAUGCCUGGAUGGGGCUGGAGAAGGCGCCUCAGGGAACUUUUAAAAACAAGCUUCAUGGGUUGGGAUUGAAGCUGUUAGCUCGCGUUAAGCCUUCUGAGAUUUUCCUGAAAUCAAUCUCUAAUGAGGUCACGGGUGUUGAAGUUACAUACCCUUCAAGCUUAAAUGCACGGCUUGUCCGUAGGAGGGUACGACAUAUAGCUAUGAGGGGAUCUAUCAUACACAAAAAGUACUUAUAUGGUUCGCUUACGUUGCUUCCUCUGACAUCUGCAUUUACUGUUUUGCCUUUGCCUAACAUUCCCUUCUUUUGGUGUUUAUUCCGUACUUACUCUCAUUGGCGAGCUCUACAGGGAAGCGUGAAGCUCCUUCAGCUAGUCUCAGAUAGCCAUGACACUCCCAAUUCUACUAUCAAUGGAAAUGAAACUGAGCACAUUAAAUCUCAGCACGGACGCAAAAAGAUACAUGAUUCUCUAUGGGUUUUGCAGCCGUCUAAAGAACUUGAGGAACUUCUUCAUCAUGGAGAUGAGCAAGACGGUCUGAAAAAACCCGCUAUAUUAGAUAUCUGCAAAACCUUUGAAUUGAACACUAAUGAUGUUCUGAAAUACAGAGAUUCAAUGUAGUUACAUAUUUGUUUUCCAUAUGCAAUGUAGCAUCACAUUCGCUAGUGAAAAGCAAUUUCAUCUUCUUCUCUUUUUCUUUAUUUGUUGGAAUAAUUGGGCAAUGCCAGAGGAAAAUUUUGAAUUAUGAUGACCCAGAAUUUUUACUGUGAA